GCGGCGGAGGCGGUGGCAGCGGCGGGGUGCGGGCUGAGGGAGCCGGGCCUCGACGCCCCCCCUCACCCCCGUGCCCCAGGAGCGGUACCUGGUCCCUGAGGGGCUGGGGGGGCCCCAUGGAGCCGAAGGUGGCGUUCCGCGGAGGUGCGAACCGCUGCUGUGGCCUCGGCGCCGACGCCAGCCGGCUCCCGGACGUCUUCAGCAGCAUGAUGUUGACCGGCUCCACUUCCUUCUACGACUGCUACAAGUCGCAGCCUGAAGACAGUGUUGACCUAAGGCAGACCUAUACUCCACUUUCUUCAUCAACAGAAUAUUCAAGUUCUGUAGAUUCUUCGCUUUUCUAUGCACCAUGGUCCACUUAUGGAGAUGAUAUUAAACAGCCUUCUAAUUCUCAGAUCAAUGUAAAGAACAGGAUUCAAACAGAAAGAAAUGACUAUGGCAGUGAAACAGACUUAUAUGGACUUGUGUCUAACAUUUUGGAAGAACAAGAUAAGUCACAGCCAUAUUUUGCUGAGGGGACCUGCUCCUCCAAUUUAAAGUCAGUUUGGCCAUUGAACACAAGCAGAUUUGCAGAUCACCAUGACCUCUUAACAGAAACCAAAAGGCCAAUAGAUACAGCCAUCUCUCAGCAAGCUUUUUAUAGUGGUGAAUCUGUCUCAGCAGCGGAAAAGCCAUACCUGUAUAAUAGUAAUCUCACACCACAACAAAAAAUAGAUGAACUUUAUCAUGGAUUUACUGGUUUAGACCUUGAAGAACAAUGGAUGUACCCCUCACGAAGUGAUCAUUCUAACUGUUACAAUGUUCAGACAAAUGAUACAGCUAAGACAACAUUCCAAGAAUAUCCAUUUAUCAAAAACUGUUUUACACCACAAACUGGUCUGUCUGACAUCAUGAAAGAAUCAGGAGUUGAUACUUACCUUUAUGGAAGAGAGAAAAUAUGUGCUAAAAGUCUUGAAGCACCAUUACAGCAAAAAAGGGCAGAGAUGUUUCUUUCUCAAUUUAACAGAUACAAUGAAAAUGCAGAUUAUUGUAGAUACCCAGAAUAUGCUCAUCCUAAUAAGGCUAAGCUUAAUAAGUGUUUGAAUUUUAGUGUCCAAGAUAGUAAAAAAUUAACCAAUGGCACAGCUGAAACACCAACUGUAGAAGCAGACACUUACACAAAGUUAUUUCAGGUUAAACCAGCAAAUCAGAAAAAAAUGGAGGAGGCAAUACCUGACCAGCAGAAUUUCACAUUUCCAAAAGCUACGCCACAUCUGACAGAAAAACAGUUUGCAAAGGAAGCAGCAUUCACUGCUGAUUUUGGCUUAAAAUCAGAAUAUGGACUAAAACCUCACACAGCCUGUUCAGUUAAUAGUGAUUUUGCUAAUGUCACAGAAAAGCAACUGUUUGCUAAACCUGAUCCCCCAAUCUCUGAGUAUUUUAAAUCAGUGAAUUUAUUAUCAAACUCGGCAACAUCUUCAGGAGCUAUCAACUUAAGUAGACCAACUUGGAUGAAUGUCCAAACAAAAAAUAACACUCCUAUUCCUUUUCGAAAUCAAGGUAACUUGAUGAAAUUAAAUAGUCAUUUAAGUGCAGCUUCAAAAGGUUCUAACCAUUCUGCAGAUUUCCAACAACUAUCAUCCACAAAUUUAACCCAAAAUAGCAAUUUAUUUCAGAAGUAUUGCCAAGAAAACCCUUUAGCAUUUUCUAGUUUUGAUGUCAGUUUCGGUGGUGCAGAAAGAAUUCAAUCUGUCAAUCACAUGGAAGGACUGACAAAGACUGGAGAAGAAAAUCUCUUUGAAUCGGUUACCGAUAAAAAAAUAAAGCAGCCAAAUGGAUUUUGUGAUAACUAUUCAGCUCAACAGUAUGGGAUCAUUGAAAAUGUAAACAAACAUAAUUUUCAAGCUAAGCCCCAGAGUGGACAUUAUGAUCCUGAGGAUGGUCCAAAGCAUUUAGAUGGCUUAUCUCAAAAUACAUAUCAAGAUCUGCUGGAGUCACAGGGUCAUUUUAAUAGCCACAGACAGGGAAGUGGAGACAACAAUAUUAAUAGCCGUGUGAAUCGCACACAGGCAUCAUGCUUUUCUAAUAAUUAUAUGAUGGGAGAUUUAAGGCAUAAUCAGAGUUUUCAACAACUUGGUUCAAAUGGGUUUCCUCUAAGAUCUACCCACCCAUUUGGCCAUUCAGUUGUUCCACUGUUGGAUUCCUAUGAUUUGUUUUCUUAUGAUGACUUAAGCCAUUUAUACCCUUAUUUUAAUGAUAUGAUGUAUGGUGAUAAUUCCUUUUCUGGUUUCGUGCCAACUUUUGGAUUUCAAAGACCAAUUAAAACCCGUAGUGGACCAGCCAGUGAACUUCAUAUUCGUCUAGAAGAGUGCUAUGAACAAUGGAGAGCAUUAGAAAAGGAGAGGAAAAAGACUGAAUUGGCCCUUGCCAAGAAUUACCCAGGAAAAAAAGUAUCCAGUACUAACAAUACUCCAAUUCCAAGGCUGACUUCCAACCCAUCUAGAGUUGAUCGCUUAAUUGUGGAUGAACUUCGAGAACAAGCCAGAGUUGUGACUUUAUUAGGCAAAAUGGAACGUCUUCGAAGCUCUCCCCUUCAUGCCAAUAUCUCUACUGCUCUUGAUAGACACUUGGAGUCCAUUCACAUUGUACAGUCACGUAGAAAAGAUGAAAUUGUUAAUGCUUCAAAUCGGCAAAGGCAAGGAGUUCCUAGAUGCCAAGAUGACAGAGAUGUUUUUGCCCUUGCCUCAGCCAUUAAAGAGAUGUGUGUGGCUACUCGGAAAGCACGUACUACACUGUGGUGUGCACUGCAGAUGACCUUGCCAAAAACAGCCAGUACCGCUGGCCAAACAGAUGUGGAAAAGGCUUUACAAGAUAUAGUAAACUGUGAAGAUAAAGUCCAUGAAAGCAUAAAUAGUAGUAAUCCAAUGAACCAGAGAGGUGAAGCAAACAAACAUUAAGGAAUUGCCAGCAGCAAGAAGAAUAAAAGCUCAUAAGUAAAUGUAUCAAGACAUGCUAGAAAAUUUAAUGAACUUGUUAAACUUGAAAAUUUCAGCACAUUAAUUUUCUUUCAGAUUUAAAGUUAAUACCUUAAUGAAGUCUAACUUCUAUUUAAAAAUCUUCUAUUUGGAAUGAAUCAGAUAUAGUUUAAAGUGAACUUAAAGGUAAAGUUGACUACUCUAGGAGUUCUGAGUAGUCAAAGAUAACAAGUUUUAAGUAAAUUAAAUACUUCCUAACAGCUAAAAUAUUGCUUAAACCCAUUCUGCAGUGCAGGUAAAUGCAAAUGUGAAAUUCUUCUAGAAGAUAAGUUUCAUUUAGGUCUGCCUUAGUAAGUAUAAUUCCAAAUAAUGAAUCUAUGUGACUGUAACCCAUUUAUGGCUACAGUCUAGUAACCAAGACAAGUUUUGAUUGUGAUAUAAAAGUGUUUUCCUUACAAAACUGGAUAAUACCUAGGAAACAGGAAAACAGGGAUGAACCCAAUAUUCAUGUAAAAAUUUAAUAUUUAAAAUACUACCAUAUUUAUAAAUUUGAAAUCUUAGUGCCUAUAUAGCACUAAGGAGGGAGGUAUACGGAGGGAAAUGCAUCUGAUUCUCCUAAAUUAGUGAUAAAAGUGCCAGGGUAAAAACCAUGCAAGUUACUGAAUAUAAAACCUGUUCAAAUCAUUUGUGUAUAUUCUUAAAAUUUAAUUAUACUAUCAAUUAUUAAAUAUUUCCAAUUUUAAAGUAUUUAAAUUGAAUCAAAACAAAACAUUUCCUUUAUCUGGAUCUUUUAGAUUUGAUGCACAGUAACUAAAAUAAUGACUAUUGUUUUAAUACCCUUAGUUUGCUGCCUUUUAUGAGGGUAUCACGAAGUUCUAAAAUAUUUUUUUAAGGUUAAUCUUUAACUAGUUUAGUUUGCAAUUGGUUAGUGUAUAUUUUGUGUAGUUGUGUUCAUUAGUUUGCUUCUGUAUUUUUUUAAAAGCUCUUGAAAGCUUGGCUUUUUCUGUUUCUCAUCACUUAAUAUCUUUGUAUGGAACCUGAGUAAUUUAUUCUUUAAUAUGAAAUGUUGGUAUUAUGUGACUCAGAAGAUCUUGGGUUUUAACAUUUCUACCAUGAGUUAAACUGUAAUAUAAUGUACUGAUGAAAUUUAAUUGAACUAUCCUUGACUAGAAACACUGAUGUUUUAAAUGUUGGUGUUUUUUCCUAGUUUUAGAAAUCCUGGUAUUAAAAAAAGAGUGUAAUCACACCACAUAAAUUUUCUUUAGAUGAUGUGCGGAAGAAACUGAUUGAGAAUGCAGGAGUAACUGUAGGGAGAAACAUUUUGAUCACUGAUAUGCCUUAAAACUACCCAAAUGAAUUACAUUGAGGGUAGUUAAAUAAAAUAGAUCACCCCACCACAGUCACUGCAUACAAAGUGGUUAAGUUUGACAUAAGACAUGUUGGAUGUUAUGAAAACAAAUAUUGUACUGAAUUUAGUCUCUCAGGAAAAAAAUAAAUUACUUUGUUGAAAAUAUUUGGUUUCAUUUUUGUACAUGUUUGUAUUUGUUUCUAACCUUAAGAGUCACUCAUGUCAGAAAACCAAUCAAAUUUCAUUUAACAGAUAAGAACUGGUGCUAAAUUUUAAAUUUCAUUAACACACAAGUAAGUUGGCAGAUAAACCAAUGCCAUUCAGAUAUCCUUGGAUCUAACCUUACCUCCUUCAAAGAUGAAACAGUCACUUUGCCUUUAUGCUAAUUCAGGCAAACCAGAAUAAAAAUUCUGAGGAAGCUUUUACAUGACAGUGGUCAGAAAUGAAACACUAGACCGUUAACAAAAAACAAGCACAAAAAUUCCUUGAAAUUGUAAUUAUGUCACCCUGUAGAUAAUUUUCAAAUUAGUUGCUUGUCCCUUUUUUCGGUAUAUCUUCUAAUGGACAGUUCUUAUGUAUUGUACUUCUGAAUUAAAACCUAUGAAAACAUUAGAAAAUUAACAUCACAGAGGAUUUGUGGUGGAACAUAAAACUGAUGCUCCCAUCAUUUCUAAUUCAAAAGAAUUUGGCAUACUCAAUUUUUUUUAGAUAGAAGAAGCAAUUUAUAUAAAGGUAGUUGAAAAUUACCUUGAAUUAUAUCAGUGUCCUUCCCACUUGAAUAAUCUGCUACUAUACUUUUAGAGGGUUGGGAAUUAAUGUUAUGACUGAAAUCUCAAAUUUGGCCUAAAAUGUUGAUCAUACCAUAGAAGAUAUGGUUGCUUAAAACUUGCCUUUCGCAACAUUGGACAUUUUAGACAUAAAGGAUUUAUUAGCACCUGAGUUAAGUGGAUAACCUUACUCAAAGCUGAAUGAGCUGAUCCUUUUUUUCUGUUUAAACAUUAGUUCAAGGGUACACUGAACUGUAACAUAUAUAAUAGAGUCUCAGAAGAAAGAAUUGACUGUUAGAUGGAAACAAGUACCCUUCAGGGGUCCACGGAUCUAACCUGACUCUUAAAGACUCAAAUUAAAGUGAGAACAAACCAAAAACCCAAAAUAAGGGUUAAAUUAAAAUAGGCUUUCUCAAUAUGCUGUCUGUAGCCACAGCCUAUGGCUGCUGCCACAUGAAGGACUAAGACUCCAAGAGUACUUCAAAGGACUGCAAAGCCAACAUACUGACUCCAAAAAACAAGGUAAUCUUUCUGAUCCCCUAAUACCCCAACUCACAGAAAGGGAAACUGAGGCAGAGAUUUUAUGGAUUCCAGGAAGAGGUUCUACUAGUAGAAGGGAUUAUAGGGCUAAUCAAAACAAAGCAUAAAGUUAAAUUAAAUACAUUCCUAACUGACUAUCCACACACAAUUCAUUUCCAUGGUAGCUGAAAGGAAUCAGAGUAAAUUGGAAGACAGUAAUUUAAAUAAAGUUUAUUUUUUAGAAAGAUGGUUAUUUUUUUUUUAAAUUUUUGCAAUGCCACGGUUAUAGGAGUGUAUAGAGGUAACACAUCUUUUCCUUAACCAUGCUGCUUUUUACCUUCUGCAUAAAGGUAAAAAUUUGUGUUAAUCUCAUAGUUAAUGGUAUAAAACAGGUCGGCAAACUUUUUCUCCAGAGGUCCAGAUAGUAAAUACUUUAGGCUUUGCAGGCCACAUAAGGUCUCUGUCACGUAUCUUUUCUCUUACAA